AUGAAUAAAGAGAGGAAUGUGAAAAGUGCACGGAUCGAGGUGCUUUCAGAAUUGAUUACUGUGAAAACAGCAAAUUUGGAGACAAUGAAAGCAGCAGAAGAAGCGUUGAAAACUUCAGUAGAGGCAAUUGUUUCGGCUCCCCAAGAAGAGUUCCGUAAAUGUGUGGAAGAACUUCUCAAAUUCUCUAACGCCGAUAUUAAAACUUUGUCAAAAAUCACAAAACCAUCAGUCGGAAUUCGCCUGUGUUGUGAAAUGCUGCGAUCCAUCUUUGAACCGAAUUUCAAACCAAAGAGACAUGCCGCAGAAACAUGGCAAGAGUCGGUGAAAUUCGUCAGUGAUAAAUCGUUUUUCAUCAAAUUAGCCACCUGCGACGCUGAUAUUUUGACUGUGGAUCAGAUGAAGAUUCUGAAGAAAUACGUGGAGAGAGCUGAAUUAAAUGCGAAUAAGAUCGAGCAUGAAUCGGUGGUUUGCGCCUGCCUUUGCAGAUGGAUUAAUGCAUUUUUGGAGCUCGCAUGCACUUUGAGAGUUAUGGAAGAACAAGUGGAAGAGAUGAAAGAACUCCGGGAGCAGAUUAAACAGACUGAAGAGAAGUUUGAGAACGAAUCCAGUGAACUACAACAAUUGAAGGUUGAUGUGGAGAAGGUGGAAUAA